ACGCUUUAACGAUCAAAAAAAGGCGUAGCUAAAUGAACAUUGCUGAAAACACAGAGCGGACAUUAACGCCGGAAAACACCGAAACUUUCGAGCUGCUCGUAGGUUCCGUCACAGUCAGUCGGUGCUGUUCGGUGUUCCGUUACCGUCACCGACUCUGUCUGUGACUGUCAACGUUCGGAAAUAACGAAAAAAACAACAGGAACGCCGGGGCGUUAGCCAGCUAGCCAGCUAGCAUAGCCACCUAGCCGCCGCAUCAGUAGCAGCAGCAGCUAGCCUUAGCUUUGGCAUCAGCAUCAGCCGCGAAACGAUAUAAAGAUGAUAGCGCUCAUCAACAAACUACUGGACUGGUUCAAAGCUCUGUUCUGGAAGGAGGAGAUGGAGCUGACGCUGGUGGGACUGCAGUACUCCGGGAAGACCACCUUCGUCAACGUGAUAGCGUCAGGACAGUUCAGUGAAGACAUGAUUCCCACAGUUGGAUUCAACAUGAGGAAAAUCACUAAAGGCAACGUCACCAUCAAGUUGUGGGACAUUGGUGGUCAGCCUCGCUUCAGGAGCAUGUGGGAGCGUUACUGCCGAGGAGUCAGCGCUAUCGUUUACAUGGUGGACGCGGCCGAUCCAGAGAAAAUCGAAGCCUCUAAGAACGAACUCCACAACCUGCUGGACAAACCUCAGCUGCAGGGAAUUCCUGUUCUGGUUCUGGGUAAUAAGAGGGACCUGCCAGGAGCUCUGGAUGAGAAGGAACUCAUAGAGAGGAUGAACCUGUCGGCGAUCCAGGACAGAGAGAUCUGCUGCUACUCCAUCUCCUGCAAGGAGAAAGACAACAUCGACAUCACCCUCCAGUGGUUGAUCCAACACUCCAGGACUAAGAGGAGUUCCUGAGAGCAGAGACACGCCCCAAACCGAACUGGCCACACCCCCACCAAACUUAACACAUCCUCUCUCUUUGAUCAACUUCAUCCCCAACACGUCACAUGACCUAAAACUUAUUAACCCCUCUCUUUCCCCUCAUUUAACCCCCUCCCCCCUCAUUAUGACCCCGCCCCCUCAUUUACUCCGCCCUCCAGAGAUGCACUGAUACCGCUGAGGUUUUGUUUCUAGAGAGAAUGAAAACAUCGCAACUGUUUAACGUAACAUCUACGUUUUCCUGAUGUUUUUUUAAUAGCGAGCUAAAUUUUUCUACGUGAGAUCGGAGCAGCAGCGAUGAUGAGCGCCCUCUGCUGGUCAAUCAUCUGACUCUGAUUGUUUUUAUGAAGUAAAUGUGAAGACCGUUAUUAUUAACAGUAUUAAAGUUGAUCGGGUCAGAAAAAUAAAUCUAACCAUUUUUAAACUUAAGUCUCUCCUGAGCAGAUUUGUGUCGUUUUAUUCUGAAAACAGGAAGUUGGUAUCAGUGUAUCUAUUUUACAAUGAAACUAAAUAACAGUUUUAUUGCCUUCAUCGCCGUAAACUGCCACAAAUGUUUUUGUUUUUUACACCAAUGGGCAAAAGUUAGCCUGGUUAGCCUGUUAGCUGGAGCAAUUUAGCAUUGUUAGCUGGAGGGUGUUAGCUCAGUUAGCUGGAGGCUGUUAGGCACUAGCCAAUUAAGCUAAUAGGCUCUUGCUAAUGAGGUGUUAGCUCAUUUAGCUUCCAGCUAUUUUAGCUGAGGCUGUUGGUUAAGUUAGCUGGAGGCUGUGAGCCCAGUUAGCUGUUAACUCAGUUAGCUGGAGGCUGUUAGGGUCUAGCCAACUAAGCUAAUAGGCUCCUGCUAAAUGAGGUGUUAGCUCAUUUAGCUUCCAGCUAUUUUAGCUGAGGCUACUGGUUAAGUUAGCUGGAGGCUGUGAGCCCAGUUAGCUGUUAACUCAGUUAGCUGGAGGCUGUUAGGGUCUAGCCAACUAAGCUAAUAGGCUCCUGCUAAAUGAGGUGUUAGCUCAUUUAGCUUCCAGCUAUUUUAGCUGAGGCUGUUAGCUCAGUUAGCUUGAGGCUGUUAGCUCAGUUAGCUUGAGGCUGUUAGCCCAGUUAGCUCAGUUAGCUGGAGGCUGUUUUGUUGAUAUUCUUCCCUUAGAUUUUUUCCCCCAUGAACCUUUAAUCUGAAACUUCAUCACUUCCUUUUUUAUUCCUGUUUUACUUCCAUCCAUCUUUUCACCUGUAUAAUCCUGAGAAGCUCCGCCUCCUCCCUCAUCUGUUGUAAACUGCUUGUCCUCCUUCUGUCCUGCUGUCCUUCCUGUUCUUUAUUAUCUCUCUCUCUCUCUGUCCUGAGCGAGGGACUCAGAUCUUUUUAUUGCACUGUUGAUUUUGUUUUUGUAAAAUAUUAAUGAUGAAAAUAAUGUUAAUAACCAGAUUUAAUGAAGUGGUACGUUCAACUACAGGAGGACUGAAGUCUCUGUAAGAAGCCUUUUAUUUGUUUUAUAUUAUUAUUAUUGUUAUUAUUGUUUUUUAAUGUCGUUUGUUGAUGUGAUGACGCUGGGACAUGAGUCAGUGAUUGGACCAGAGCCGUCACAUGAUCAGGCUGCAGUGUUUACAUCGUCAUGUGGUAUUAAACGCAGAAAUGUCAUUGGUCAAAACCCGCAUAUUAAAAAGUUUUUAUUUAAAAAUCAA